CAAGCUGGCUAGCCGCUUUUGGGAGACGAUUCCCCGCCGUGCGAAUAUGCUUGAUACCGAGCAUGGAGUCGUCAAUGGCGACUAAGUUGACUAUACCUUCAUCAACAAGGCCUUCGUUCUGGCGCCAUCUUCAUGGAGCUUCUGAAAUCCAAACAUUGAGCUACAAGCAAAAAAAAAAAAAAGACAACAUAGGAGGCUCGGUGUUAGUUAGCUGGUUUUAAAAACAAAAAAAAACACUUUACAAGGAAUUAACACGAUGUGAUUUCGGGACAAUGCCCCCCACCUGUCAACCCCGGCCAGGCUGUCCCUCUCCUGGGCUGUCAGUGUCGGAAAGUCCUCCUCUGUUUCACUCGCUUUUCCCGCCGCCAUUUUCUUUUCCUCAUCACCACCAGCAGAAGCCGAGCCGAGACUCCGAGCAGCAGCAGCGCAGGCAGCGACGGCGACAGACACGCUGCACGAUUGCAUGGAAGGGAAAAAAACCACCACGCAGAGACGACCGCUUCGCUCCACCGAAUCGAACCCGAGCGAAGCAAAAGGCCAAGAGGAGCCAGACAGUGAAGAGGAGGUGUACGAAGUGGUUGACCUGACAGAAUAUGCUCGGAGGCACCAAUGGUGGAGCAGGGUGUUUGGGAACAACUCAGGCCCGUUAACGGAGAAGUACUCUGUGGCAACCCAGCUCAUGAUGGGAGGCCUGACAGGGUGGUGUGCUGGUUAUGUCUUCCAGAGAGUUGGGAAGGUAGCAGCAACUGCGGUCGGUGGAGGGUUUCUACUUCUACAGAUUGCCAACCACAGCGGCUACGUGCAGGUGGACUGGAAGAAAGUGGAGAAGGAUGUGAACAAAGCAAAGAAACACCUGAAGAAGAAAGCCAACAAAGCAGCACCUGAAUUAAACACAUUUAUUGAGGAGGCCACCGAUUUCAUCAAGAGGAACAUCGUCUUGUCCAGUGGCUUUGUGGGAGGAUUCUUCCUGGGUUUGGCCUCGUAAAAACUACUGAAUUCAAUCACGACAUAGAUGGCUUUCAUCCACCAUCAGUUACCUAGGGUGUUAUUUCGAAUAUCAAAUUGUGGUCCAUGGUUAGUUGUGUCAGUUGCUGUUAUUUCCCAUGUACAUUUGUGGAUUACCUCACCAAUCUUUAGUUGUUUCAUGGGCAAAAUGCUGGUUUGUAACAACUAAAAUGGACAGCACUGAUGGUUGAAUGAAAACAAGUUUUAAGCUGCACUGGAGUUCGUAUUGCCAUGAAACAUGAUCAGAAUUGUUAUUUGUAAUAGUUUGAACUGUGCCAACCGUAUUACAUGUAUUUAUUGCUUUAUCCUUCAAAUAUCUCCAUGCAGUGAUGGCAGAAUGGGAAUCUGGCCAGGCUCCCUCAUGCAUUCAGUAAUGUGCACACCAGCGCUGGUCACUUUGCGAACAUCUCUUUUUUUUUUUUUUUGCCUUAUUACAUUAUGUUGUACCAUAUUAUGUUGUUUAUUGCUUCUGCUGGGUUACUUACGUAUUUUGUGAUAUGUGAAUUUUGUUUUUUUACUUUGCCAAGUUGUCUGGAUUCAAGCAAAAAUCAUGUUCACUUUUGUAAACGGCAAUGAAUACAAGGAAAUAAAUUC